AUGUCUGAGCCCAAUAUUUGGGAGAAAAUUACGGCCUACUUGGCCAAAAAUGAAUUCCAAACGGCCAAAGAGGCCGAAUCUUUGAAGCAAGAGGAGAUCGAGAAGCUCGCGGACGGGUCCACAGACGACGGUGUCGAAGACCAGAAACUGGAUUGCAUUUAUGAUGAUGAACCAUUAGGCUUCGAAGAGGAUCCCAUGGGAUCCACUACAAAAAUGAAAGCGCAAGAUCCCCUCGAAGAAAUUGACUUGGAAGAUGGUACGGUUAAAAGACCUACUUAUGUAAGUGCCAAAAUCCCUGAAGGAUUCAAAAGUCAAAUUGCAGAGCUAUUAAAAGAAUACAAAGAUUUCUUUGCAUGGGAUUACAACGAAAUGCCUGGUUUAAACCGGGAAGUGGUGGAAUUAAAAUUACCAAUUCGACCAGACAAAAAGCCAGUCAAGCAAAUUCCUCGUCGUUUCGCUCCACAUAUCCUACCAAAAAUCAAAGAAGAGAUCGAUCGACUACUGAAAUGCGGCUUUAUCAAGCCAGCAAGGUAUGUAGAUUGGCUAGCAAAUGUAGUUCCAGUUAAAAAGAAAAAUGGAACCAUAAGGGUAUGCAUAGAUUUUAGAUAUUUGAAUCUCGCCACCCUUAAAGACGAAUACCCAAUGCCGAUAGCAGAAAUGCUAGUAGACUCAGCGGCGGGUUUCGAUUACUUGAGUAUGCUAGAUGGAUACUCUGGUUACAAUCAAAUCUUUAUUGCAGAAGAAGAUAUCGCUAAGACCGCAUUUCGAUGCCCAGGUGAUUUCUUAGGUUUCGUCGUGCAUAAAAAGGGAAUCGAGAUUAACCAAAACAAAACCAAGGCAAUAAUCGAGACCAAAGCUCCUUCCACGAAGAAAGAGUUGCAGUCUCUACUAGGAAAGAUCAACUUUCUCCGGAGGUUUAUAUCAAACCUAAGUGGCAAGACACAAGCUUUCUCACCACUACUCCGACUAAAGAAAGAUGAUGUUUUCAAAUGGGAACCAGAGCACCAAAAAGUUUUCGAUGAAAUCAAGUCAUAUUUGGUAAAUCCUCCGGUUCUUUCUCCUUUGUUGAAAGGCAGGAGAAUGAAGUUAUAUAUAGCAACGUCAGAUGGUACCAUAGGAAGUAUGUUAGCACAAGAGGAUGAACAUGGCACAGAAAGGGCCAUUUACUAUUUAAGUCGUGUACUUAAUGAUGUUGAAACAAGAUAUCAUCCUAGUGAAAAACUUUGUUUGUGUUUAUUCUUCUCAUGUACAAAACUUAAGCAUUAUAUAAAGCCUUUUGACGUUUAUGUUUAUUCUCAUUUUGAUAUCAUUAAGCAUAUGUUAUCAAAACCAAUUCUACAUAGCAGAGUCGGAAAAUGGGCCUUAGCAUUGACAGAAUAUUCAUUGACUUAUCAAUCAUUAAAAGCUGUCAAAGGCCAAAUCGUAGCCGAUUUUAUUGUAGAUCAUUCAGUAGAUGAAGUUUUGACAACUGAAAUAGAAAACCAUCCAUGGAAUUUAUAUUUCGAUGGUUCUAGUCAUAAAAAUGAUACUGGCGUGGGAAUAGUGAUAAUCUCGCCCAAACACCAUGUAUUUAAGUACAUGUUUCGAAUCAAUCAGCUUUGCUCUAACAAUGAGGCUGAAUAUGAAGCCUUAAUCACGGGUCUAGAAAUCGCACUCGAACUGGGGGCAAGAUACAUCGAAAUCAAAGGAGAUUCUGAACUUGUCCUUAGACAGAUGACAAAAGAAUAUAGGUGCGUUAAGGAAAGUUUGGUCACCUAUCAUGCAAUAGCUAGCAGAUUGUUAAAACAGUUCAUCCAGGCGGAAAUUCGGCACGUACCUCGAAUGGAGAACCAACAUGCAAAUGAUCUGGCACAGAGGGCCUCUGGAUACAAAAUACCGAAGGACCAGAUGCAAGAGCCAAUAGAGAUUAGAAAUAGACGAAAUUGGAUGGAAUCAUUCCCUAGCAAAUCGUUAACGCCAAAACUUGGGGGGACUGAAGCAAGUCAAAAGUCCAUAAAAGGUACAGAUUUUGUCGAAAUUUUUGUCAUUGACGAUUUAAAUGAAAAUGAUUGGCGAAAACCCAUAGUGAAAUAUCUGGAAAAUCCAGAUGGAACCACCUGUCGAAAAGUGAAAUACAGGGCUUUAAGCUAUGUAAUAAUGGGCAAUGAAUUAUUCAAAAAGACUUCGGAAGGAGUUUUGUUGAAAUGCCUAGGAGAAACAGAUGCAUAUUUGGCUGUUUCGAAUACACACGACGGAAGUUGUGGAACGCACCAAGCAGGCCACAAAAUGAAAUGGCUUUUAUAUUGGCCAACUAUGCUCAAAGACUGCAUAGAGUUCGCAAAAGGAUGCCAAGGAUGCCAAAAAUAUGCUGGAAUUCAGCGCGUCCAAGCAAGUGAACUUCAUGCGAUAAUCAAACCUUGGCCAUUUAGAGGAUGGGCUUUGGAUGUGAUAGGGGAAAUUAAACCCACCUCAUCGAAAGGUUAUAAAUACAUUUUAGUAGGAAUAGAUUAUUUCACGAAAUGGAUAGAAGCAAUUCCCUUAAAAGAGGUUACUCAAGAGGAAGUUAUAAGUUUCAUCCAGAAGUUCAUCAUCUAUAGGUUCGGUAUUCCAGAAACCAUAACCACAGACCAAGGAUCCGUAUUCACUGGUCGAAAGAUGUCGAAAUUUGCCGAAGAUACAGGCUUUAAAUUGCUAACUUCCACACCAUACUAUGCACAAGCAAAUGGACAGGUUGAAGCGGCAAACAAAAACAUCAUCGCCAUUAUCAAACGAAAAAUAAAGGCAAAGCCAAAGAAUUGGCCUGAAAUUUUAGGCGAGGCUUUGUGGGCAUGUCGAACAUCUCCCAAAGAAUCGACAAACACUACGCCUUUUAGGUUAACAUUUGGUCAUGAUGUUGUGUUACCAGUAGAGAUUUUGCUGCAAUCAGUCAGAAUCCAAAGGCAAUGCGAAAUACCAAUUAAUCAUUAUUGGGACAUGGUCAUGGACGAAUUGGCCGAUCUCGAUGAAGAAAGAUUAACAGCGUUAGAAGUCCUUGCAAGACAAAAGGAAAGGGUAGCAAAAGCAUAUAACAAAAAGGUAAACUCGAAGCUUUUCGCCCAAGGAGAUUUGGUAUGGAAAGUCAUUUUACCAAUGGAUAAGAAAGAUAGAACUUUGGGAAAAUGGUCACCCGGAUGGGAAGGACCAUGGCAGAUAUUGAGAGUCUUUUCGAACAAUGCAUAUGAGAUUGAAGAAUUAAAUGAAAAUUGA